AUGAGCCAGGCCUGCUCACUGGUGGACGAUGGGCCUGACCCAGCCCCCUGGCUGCAUGAGCCUGUGAGACAGCUGUCCCUGCUCCAGUGUGUGGACGCCCUGAGGGCUGGAGCUGACUCACCCUCUGUGUGCCUGGGCACCCAGAAGUUAACAAGUGAAAAGGAGAAUUGGCUUCUCAGCCUCCACAGGGGCCAAGAGGAAGGGGACAAAGGGGCAGCUGAGGACCGAGACGUCUUCAUGCCAGGUGCAGGGGGCACCUGUCCUGGCAGCCCCAGGGGUGCUGGGCACAGGCGGGGCCCAGGCCUGUGCAGGGGUGAGAUCGAAUUCGGAGAGUCUGGGAAGAAGCGCAGCAAGUUCGUGAAGGUGCCGAGCAGCGUGGCCCCCUCCGUGCUCUUUGACCUCCUGACAUCUGAGUGGCACCUGCCGGCCCCCAACCUCGUGGUGUCCCUGGUGGGCAUGGAGCAGCCCUUCACCAUGAAGUCCUGGCUGCGGGACAUCCUGCGCAAGGGGCUGGUGAAGGCAGCUCAGAGCACAGGUGCCUGGAUCCUGACCAGUGCUCUCCGCGUGGGCCUCGCCCCGUACGUCGGGCAGGCGGUGCGUGACCACUCACUGGCCAGCACGUCCUCCAAGGCUCGCGUGGUGGCCAUCGGCAUUGCCUCGCUGGGCCAGGUGCUGCACCGUCGGCUCCUGGAUGACGCCCAGGAGCACAGCCUCGUCCACUACCCCAUGGAUGAGAGCUGUGGCCAAGGCCCCCUGUGCUCCCUGGACAACAACCAGUCCCACUUCAUCCUGGUGGAGCCGGGCGCCCCCAGGAAGGGCGACGGGCCGACGGAGCUGUGGCUGAGGCUGGAGAAGCACAUCUCAGAGCAGAGGACCGGCUACGGGGGCACCAGCAGCAUCGAGAUACCUGUCCUCUGUCUGCUGGUCAACGGCGACCCCAGCACCCUGGAGAGGGUCUGCAGAGCGGUGGAGCAGGCUGCCCCGUGGCUGAUCCUGGCGGGCUCCGGGGGCAUCGCUGACGUGCUGGCGGCACUGGUGACCCAGCCGCACCUGCUGGUCCCCCAGGUGACCGAGAAGCAGUUUAAAGAGAAGUUCCCCAGCGAGCAUUUCUCCUGGGAGGACAUUCUGCACUGGACAGAGCUGCUGCAGAACAUCGCCUCCCGCCCGCACCUGCUCACCGUGCACGACUUCGAGCAGGAGGGCUCCGAGGAGCUGGACACUGUCAUCCUCAAGGCGCUGGUGAAAGCCUGCAAGAACCACAGCCAGAAGGCGCAGGACUACCUGGACGAGCUCAAGCUGGCGGUGGCCUGGGACCGCGUGGACAUCGCCAAGAGCGAGAUCUUCAACGGCGACGUGGAGUGGAAGUCCUGCGACCUGGAGGAGGUGAUGAUGGACGCCCUGGUGAGCGACAAGCCGGAGUUCGUACGUCUGUUCGUGGACCACGGUGCAGACGUGGCCGACUUCCUGACCUACGGGCGGCUGCAGCAGCUGUACCAGGCCGUGUCCCCGAAGUCCCUGCUGUUCACGCUGCUGCAGCGGAAGCUGGAGGAGGUGCCGCACACCCGGGGCCCGCCCGCAGGGCCGCCCGCCUUCUCCCUGCACGAGGUGUCCCGGGUGCUCAAGGACUUCCUGCAGGACGCCUGCCGCGGGCUCUACCAGGUGAGGGGCGGCGGGGCGGCGGGGCGGCGGGGCGGGGCCAGACGGCUGACGGCCUGUCCUCAGGAGAGGGGCCCAGCCAGGCGGCCGGCCGGCCAGAAGUGGCUGCUGGACCUGAGCCGGAGGAGUGAGAACCCGUGGAGGGACCUGUUCCUGUGGGCCGUGCUGCAGCACCGCCACGAGAUGGCCACCUACUUCUGGGCCAUGGGCCAGGAGGGUGUGGCCACCGCGCUGGCCGCCUGCAAGAUCCUGAGGGAAAUGUCGCACCUGGAGACGGAGGCCGAGGUGGACCGCGCCACGCGAGAGGCCUCGUACGAGCAGCUGGCCCUGGGCCUGUUCUCCGAGUGCUACCGCAACAGCGAGGACCGCGCCUUCGCCCUGCUGGUGCGCCGGAACCGCUCCUGGAGCCGCACCACCUGCCUGCACCUGGCCACCGAGGCCGACACCAAGGCCUUCUUCGCCCACGAAGGGGUGCAGGCCUUCCUGACCAAGAUCUGGUGGGGGGACAUGGCGACGGGCACCCCCAUCCUGCGGCUGUUGGGCGCCUUCCUGUGCCCCGCCCUCCUGUACACCGGCCUCAUCGCCUUCAGCGAGGGGGCCCCCCUGAAGAAGGGCCUGGAGGACCUGCAGGAGCUGGACAGCCUGGACACCGACAAGAGCCUGCUCGGGGGCCCGGGCGGCCGGGCGGAGGAGCCGGCCGAGCCACGGAGGACCCAGGGCGGCCGGGGCCCACGCGCGGCCUUCCUGCUCACACGCUGGCGGAAGUUCUGGGGUGCGCCUGUGACCGUGUUCCUGGGGAACGUGGUCAUGUACUUCGCCUUCCUCUUCCUGUUCACCUACGUCCUGUUGGUGGACUUCAGGCCGCCUCCCCAGGGGCCGUCAGGGCCUGAGGUCGCCCUGUACUUCUGGGUCUUCACCCUGGUGCUGGAGGAGAUCCGGCAGGGCUUCUUCACGGACGAGGACACAAACCUGAGGAAGAAGUUCGCGCUCUACGUGGAUGACAACUGGAACAAGUGUGACAUGGUGGCCAUCUUCCUGUUCAUCGUCGGGGUCUCCUGCAGGAUGCUGCCCUCGGUGUUCGAGGCUGGACGCACGGUCCUCGCCAUGGACUUCAUGGUCUUCACCCUCCGCCUCAUCCACAUCUUCGCCAUCCACAAGCAGCUGGGCCCCAAGAUCAUCGUCGUGGAGCGGAUGAUGAAGGAUGUCUUCUUCUUCCUCUUCUUCCUGAGCGUGUGGCUCGUGGCCUACGGCGUGGCCACCCAGGCGCUGCUGCACCCCCACGACAGCCGCCUGGAGUGGGUGUUCCGCCGCGUGCUCUACCGGCCCUACCUGCAGAUCUUCGGACAGAUCCCCCUGGACGAGAUCGACGGAGCCCGCGUGAACUGCUCUGUGCACCAGCUGCUGCGGGAGGGCUCGCCCGCCUGCCCCAACCUCUACGCCAACUGGCUGGUCAUCCUCCUGCUGGUCACCUUCCUGCUGGUCACCAACGUGCUGCUCAUGAACCUGCUCAUUGCCAUGUUCAGCUACACGUUCCAGGUGGUGCAGGGCAACGCCGACACCUUCUGGAAGUUCCAGCGCUGCCACCUCAUCGUGGAGUACCAGGAGCGCCCCGCCCUGGCCCCGCCCUUCAUCCUGCUCAGCCACCUGAGCCUGGUGCUCAAGAGGGUCUUCCGGAAGGAGGUCCGGCGGAAGCGGGCACAGCUGGAGAGAGACCUGCCGGAGCCCCUGGACCAGAAGAUGGUCACCUGGGAGGCGGUGCAGAAGGAGAGCUACCUGAGCCAGCUGGAGAAGAGGAAGAGAGACAGCCAGGAGGAGGUUCUGCGGAGGACCGCACACAGGGUGGACAUCACAGCCAAGCACCUCGGGGGGCUGAGAGAGCAGGAGAAACGCAUCCGGGGCCUGGAGUCACAGGUCGGCUACUGCACGGUGCUCCUAUCCUCCAUGGCCAACAGGAUGGGCCUGGGCAGCGCCUACCACGGCUCCUGGGACUCUGGCCUCCGGACCCAGCAGGCUCCUGCUGAGCACAGAAGGGGCCUAGGUGACAGGCAGCACCUGGAGGCUGGCCCGCUGCCGGCGGACAUCUGA